AUGUUCGAGGUAUGUUUUUUGUUUUAUUUAAGAAAAUCAGGGGACGACAAACAUUUAUUUUUUUAUUUUUUAAUUUGAAUCUUCUUUAUUUUAUGUUUUUAGCACUUGUUUGCGGCUCACAGAACUACAGGUCUGAAGAUAUGCUUAAAACCGGUUAGAUCUGCAUCUUUAUAUGUUAUGACAGGACACAGAAACCCAUACUACGUUGUGCCAUUCAGAAAUUACAUGUUUAAAGAAAUAGAACAGUACAAACAAGUUUUUGGAGUACCAGCACGUCUGCCUUCUGUAAGUUAAUUCAUUUUGUUUUUAAUUUUAGGUUAUUUUUAAUAUUUUGAAAAAUGGUAGAUUGAGUUAAACAUUUCCUAAUUUAUGUAAAACUCACUUAUCAAUGGCCUUGGACUUUUUAUAUGUCUACUAUAACAUAGUUUAUUUUUAGAAUGGCGAAAGGGUGCUAAGUCAGCCAGGGACAAUAAGAGCGCAAAGCUUUUUGGCUCAUAUUCAACUAAAACAUCCGGAAUGGCUGGAAGUCACUUCAAGAUUUUUGUGGAAGAGGCUCUGGGUUCAAGAUAAAUCACUUUUAGAAGAAGAAGACUUCAAGGAGGUCAUCAGCGAGUUGUCAUUACCUUCGACGAUUCCAUUGAAGCCAGACUUUGAUAGUCUGAGCAAGUUGAAGGCAAACGAAACAGAGGCUGUUAAAGCUGGGGUAAGAACGACUUUUUUCUUGAAAACAACGUAAAAGAACUAAAGUUUUGGUAUGGACUACAUGUUAAACUGUUACAACUACUAUAAUCUAUGAUUUUAGGCCUUCGCGACCCCUUUCUGUAUAGUGGACAACGAGUUUGAGUCUGCCGGUUACCACGGCGUGGAUCGUUGGCCAAUAGUGGCGAAGCAAGCAGGCCUAGACAAAGUUCAUCGAGGAUUUUAUUCGUUGAAAGUGUUUAACCACUUGUUUGACAAAGCGCUGGAAGCGUCAGGAUGA